AUGGAGGAUGUCGUCGACGCGUCGCUCGUACCCGACGAAAAUGGAAUUCUGGAUCUGCAGGACAAACACUGGGUGACUCUGGAUGAAGUCGUGUGGACCUACGCACACGCGCUGUUGGUGCUCAAUGUGUCACGUAACCAGCUCGUACAUAUUUCCGAAUCAAUUGGCAAGUUGGAGCUCCUCCGUGAGCUGCUGUUGGCCAACAACCGCAUCGUCUCUAUUCCUGUACAGAUCGCUCGCUGUGUGAAUUUGCGCAAGUUGGAUCUCCACCGCAACAGACUUGAGCAGCUCCCCCGUGAGUUGCAGUACUGCGAGCGACUAGAAGAUCUCGAUGUGUCUUAUAAUGACCUUUUAACGAUACCACCGGAGCUCGGACGACUGCAACACCUGCGCGUACUCAACGUACGCUACAACAAGCUCACGCUACUGCCACACACACUAUGCGACUGCCAAGUACUAGAAGAAGUAUGCUGCGAGGGCAACGAAGGCCUCACAGAUAUCCCUGAGUCAUUACGCAGCAAUACAAAACUGGUGUUGUGGAUCUGUAGCACCGUCAAGCGGCAUCGCGCUGAGGUGGCGGAGCUGGUCGAGAUCAACAGUGAACUGGAGCGCAUGGCGCGACUCGGAGACGAAGAGCGACUGAAACUUCGCGAAGAGAUCAGCGACUUGCAACGUAAGAAGAAGAGUCUAGAAGAUGAGCGGCCACAUAACUAUCUGCUCGUUAAAAAGCACGUGGUGCGGGUCACGUCCGAGGUGUGCAACUUGAUGUAG